AUGCGCGAAUCAUGCAUGCUGUCGCUGACGCCCAAAGAGGUGGAUCAGGUCGGCGAAUACUGCGUUGCAAACACAUCGCAACUGCCACAAUCGUUGCUCGGUCAUUCGGUCACCACGGCCAAGAGCACAGAGCGCAAUGGGGAGAUGGCAGGCUCGUUGGCACAGUGCGCGUAUCUGAUGAGCACUGCCCGCACCCAGCGGCCAAAGCGAAUCCUUGAACUGGGCACUUUCACGGGCAUCAGCGCCCUGGCCUUUUACGAAGCGACCCGCGAUUUCGAUACCGAGAUUUUGUCGCUCGAUGUCGACAAAGAUUUUAUCACCAUAGCGCAGGCCGGAUUUGAGCGGUAUCAAGCUACGGAUCGCAUCCGUAUCAUCGAGGGAGACUGUGUUCAGACUCUUUCUCAAUUGGAAGGUGAUUUUGAUUUAAUCUACGUUGAUGCCGACCAGUUCCAAUAUGAAGCAUAUGUGCGGCUGAUUCUGGACCGGAAAUUGCUGAGUCCGCGAGGAGUUAUCCUGGUUGAUGAUGUCCUUUUGCGUGGCGUAACUGUCGAUCCGGUGAUGUCUCCCACAUUGUCUGACGAGGAUCGCGAAUGGUGCAAAGAGGGCGCUGUGCAUAUGAACAAGUUUAACCACUUUGCAGCGACAGACUCUCGCAUUAUAGGCACAUUGCUGCCAUUCUUUAACGGGAUCAUGCAUAUCGUCUGGCGGUAA